AUGUUCUGUUCAUCACUUCGCAAGAGACAACAAUGGGCCUCAUUGCCUUCCAUUUUACUGACGGAAAAGAUGCCAAAGUGGAAAGAAACGACUCUGAACACCCAUGAUAUAUCACUCCCAAUGCAGAGCAAAACAGGCGAACAGGAGCUUUUCAGGGUCCUGCUGCUUUCUUCAUCAGAUAUGCAACCCAUCGCAAAUCUGUCCGCCCGAAUCGAGAGACUCUAUCACCAAACUGGAGGCCGCAAUGUAGGUAUUAUUUUUCUUCUUCGGGAAAAGGACGGUAACGAAGACAAUGGCUUAAAAGAGUUUUUGAAUCUUCAAAUCAGCUUGAUGUCCACUUUCAAGAUUCCAAUUCUACCUCUAAUGUCCGUCCCGCAAAUCCUCUCAAUAGUGCAACCUUUUCAGAGACAAGUUUGUAUCGUUCCAUCCUCUGAAAGAGUCGAUGCUCAAUAUGAGCUUCUGCCAUUUAGCCACGUCGGUAACACCAUGACGGAACAUACGAGAAAUGUGCUCAGCGAUAUCUGUCACAGUGUCCCGGAACUGGCUCGUACUGCUAGUACAACGGAUGGGCAAAAGCAGUUAAGAGAAUGGCUAUCAGAACCCAGCCCUGAAUCUGCGCAGGAUGUCAUAGACUUUUGGACACGAGAAUAUCUCCUCGAGUAA